AUGGUCGCUGCGGCCCAUUUCCUCUGCGGUACCUGCUGGAAGGAGUUCCCCGCGGGCUGGCGCGCGCGCGAGUCGCACUGCAACGCUACCGGCCACCAGCGCCCAGCGUACGAGUGCGACACGUGCCCGCACCACUUCAACUCGCAGCAUGCGUGCAACCCGCACAUGGGUGCCAAGGGCCACUUUGGCGACUACAGCGACGACGACGAGGACUGGGAGUGCCGCGACGACGACUGCUGGGACACGUUCGCGUCCGAGGCCGACCGCGACGCGCACGAGCACGACGACCACGACUUCUGCGGCGACUGCGACCGCUACUUUGACAAUGCUAACAACCUGCGCAUGCACCUCAACUCGCGCACGCACCGCUCCGACACGCUCGCGUGCCCGCUCUGCAAGCGCGACUUUGUGUCCGCUACCGGCCUGGCGCACCACCUCGAGCGCGGCGCGUGCCCGCGCGCGCCCAACCUCGACCGCAUGGGCGUGUACCGCCUUGUGCGCGAGCUCGACCCGCACCACUGGUUCACGAACAGAGUCGUCGAGUACACCAAGGCCACGUACACUGCGGACGAGAACACGUGGAACGGCAGCGGGUACGAGUGCAGCAAGUGCUACCGCGAGUUCCGGAGCCUCAACUCGCUCAACCAGCACCUGUGGAGUGGCACGCAUGACGAGUCGCUCUACCACUGCCAGAGCGGCCGCUGCGGCCGCCAAUUCAAGACCUUUGGCGCCGUGUGCAACCACCUCGAGAGCGAGAGCUGCGGCGCCAUGUCGUACGACCAGGUGCAGAAGUACAUGCACUCGGUCGUCAGCAGCGGCCGUCUGCUUACGGCGUACUAG